AUCCCAGUUGCCGGCAGUGUCCUAAGGACCAAAGGAAAUGACCAAGGCUCAGAAAUCCAGAAAGUUGGUGAUCAUAAUCUCGAACACUUGCAACAUGAAAGCCACAUGGACAGAACGGAGCAGUGCUAUAAAUGUGGGACAACCUUCAUCGAGGAUUCUGUGCUCUAUGAGCAUCAGAUCAUUCAUAUACUAGAUAAAACUUAUGAAUGCAGUCAGUGUGCGAAAAAUUGGAUAAAAUAUUCAAACUCAAUGAAUAUUAUCAAAAAGCUCAUAAAGGACAAAAACUAUAUAAAUGCAUGGAAUGUGGGAAAGCUUAUCACAGUGAAUCAUAGCUCAAGGAACAUCAGAAAACUCAUGUGGCAAGGACACCCUGUGUGUGCAGUGAAUGCGGUAAAGGCUUCAACCAGAACAGUGAUCUCACUGCUCAUCAGCGAAUUCAUACUGGGGAGAAACCUCAUGUAUGUACUGAAUGUGAAAGAGCCUUUACCAGGAAGAAGUACCUCACUAUUCAUCAGAAAAUUCAUACUGGGGAGAAACCCCAUGUAUGUGGUGAUUGUGGCAAAGCUUUCAUUCGGAAAGCACAUCUCAAAAGUCAUCUACGAACUCAUACAGGAGAAAAACCCUAUGUAUGUGGUGAGUGUGGUAAAGCUUUCAGCAAGAAGCAACACCUUAUAGCACAUCAGAGAUUUCAUACAGGAGAGAAACCCCAUGUAUGUGGUGAAUGUGGAAAGGCCUAUAUAACGAAGACUGCUCUUACAGUUCACCAGCGAACUCAUACUGGAGAGAAACCCCAUGUAUGUGGAGAAUGUGGAAAAGCUUUUUUCUGGAUGUACCUCAAGAAGAAGUACCUGAAGAAGUACCUCACUUAUCAUCAGCAAAUACAUACUGGAGAGAAACCCCAUGUAUGUGGUGAAUGUGGAAAAGCCUUCAUUCAGAAAGCACCUCUCAAAAGUCAUCUACGAACUCAUACAGGAGGAAAACCCUAUGUAUGUGGUGAGUGUGGUAAAUCUUUCAGCCAAAAGCAAUGGCUUAUAGUUCAUCAGAGAUUUCACACCAGAUAUAAACCCCAUGUAUGUGGUGAAUGUGGAAAAGCCUAUAUCUGGAAGUGUGAGCUCACUGUUCAUAUGCGAACUCAUAAUGGAGAGAAACCCUAUGUAUGUAGUGAAUGUGGGAAAGCUUUUAUCAGGAAGAAGAACCUCACUGUUCAUCAGCGAACUCAUACUGGAGAGAAACCCCAUGUAUGUGGUGAAUGUGGAAAAGCCUUUAUGAAGAAGACUGCUCUCACUGAUCAUCAGCGAACUCAUACUGGAGAGAAACCCCAUGUAUGUGGUGAAUGUGGAAAAGCCUUUAUGAAGAAGACUGCUCUCACUGAUCAUCAGCGAACUCAUACUGGAGAGAAACCCCAUGUAUGUGGUGAAUGUGGAAAAGCUUUUACCAGGAAGAAGAACCUCACUGAGCAUCAGCGAACUCAUACUGGAGAGAAACCACAUGUAUGUGGUGAAUGUGGCAAAGGCUUCAUAAAGAAAGAAAAUCUCAAAAUUCAUCUACGAAUUAAUACUGGAGAAAAACCUUAUAUAUGUGGUGUAGGAGGUAAAGUUUUAUCCUGAAGAAUUUCUUUAUAGCACAUCAGAGAUUUCACUUAGUAAAGCAGUUCUUUCCAUGAAUUAAAUGUGGAAAAUCUUAUUUGUAGAAGUCAAGUCUCAUUAAACACGAGAAAAUUCCCAGCGAGAAGAGUUUUCAUUAGGGUUAGUGUAACAAAGGUUUCAAAACAAAGGAAGAGAUGCUAGAGUUUGGCCUGGACCAAGUGUGGG